ACCACAUCGUACAUAUGUUUAUUCCAUUGUUCAAGUAUUUAUUAGUAGCUUCGUUGCUUCCUAUUUCCAGCCAAAGAUAAGAAAAAUAACACUGGUUUCUGGGUAAAAGCUAUCUGCAGAAACAACAAGAUGUUGAGUUUAAGGCAGCCAAGUUUUCCCUUCUCCAAGCCUGACGGCAAAUUCUCUACUGAAGAGAGUCGAUUCGCCUAUGCCAAACUAGAGAAAGAGUGGUCCCAGCAUAUGAAAUCGCUACCAGAUGAUGAAGAUGAAGAGUCUGAAGCUGAGGAAUCUGAAGCCGAGGAAUCUGAAGUGGAGGAAUCUGAAGCUGAAGAAUUUGAAGCUGAAGAAUUUGAAGCUGAAGAAGAAUCUGAAACUGAGGAAUCUGAAGCCGAUGAAUCUGAGGUGGAUGAGUCUGAAGUUGAGGAAUCUGAAGUCGACGAAUCUGAAGUUGAAGAAUCUGAAGCUGAGGAAUCUGAUGCCGAGUAUUCAGAUGAAGAGCCACCAAGGAACCUCACGGCUAUCAAUCAAAACAUGCGUAAUUUGUCUAUGGCGAGACAGGACAAAGCAAACUACGUAUGAAUGAAUAUUCAUGGUUAUGGACUCGCCAAGAAGGAGAACUUCUCAUAAUGUUAACAUAAACUAUGGCAGUAGCUUAGAAUAAAAUGCAAACU